AUGUCAUUUCGGGUUGUGAGAAGUUCAAAAUUUCGUCACGUAUAUGGACAAGCGCUGAAACGGGAACAAUGUUAUGAUAAUAUUCGUGUGUCUAAAAGUAGCUGGGAUUCUACAUUUUGUGCCGUAAAUCCAAAAUUCCUUGCAAUUAUUGUGGAAUCUGCAGGAGGAGGUGCAUUUAUAGUUUUGCCCCACAACAAGGUCGGACGUAUUCCUGCUGAUCAUCCACUUGUCGGAGGACACAAAGGUCCAGUUCUAGACAUAGCAUGGUGUCCACAUAAUGAUAAUGUUAUUGCUUCUGGCUCAGAAGAUUGCGUGGUAAAGGUGUGGCAAAUUCCCGAUGGAGGUUUAUCGCGUACACUUACCGACCCUGUUGUUGAUUUACUUUAUCAUCAACGUCGUGUUGGCCUUGUUUUGUGGCAUCCAUCAGCACUUAAUGUUUUGCUCACUGCUGGAUCAGACAAUCAAGUCGUCAUCUGGAAUGUGGGGACAGGAGAAGUUCUCAUUCAUAUGGAUUGUCAUCCCGAUAUAGUAUUCAGUGCAUGUUUCAAUUGGGAUGGCUCGAAAUUGGUGACAACCUGUAAGGAUAAGAAAAUUCGUAUCAUCGAUCCAAGAACUGGCGAUAUUGAAGCUGAAGCACUUUGUCACGAGGGAUCAAAAGCAACCCGCGCUAUCUUCCUUCGACAUGGGCUUAUCUUCACGACUGGGUUUAAUCGAUCUUCUGAACGUCAAUACAGUCUUCGUGCACCUGACGCGCUUUCUGAACCAAUAGUCAUGGUAGACUUGGAUACGUCAAAUGGGGUGAUGUUUCCGCUUUACGAUCCAGACACUAAUAUGGUUUAUUUGUGUGGUAAAGGGGAUUCAGUCAUCCGAUAUUUUGAAAUUACUCCUGAACCUCCAUUUGUGCAUUACAUCAACACCUUCCAAACACCCGACCCACAACGUGGUAUUGGUCUCAUGCCAAAACGUGGAUGUGACGUGAGCUCUUGCGAAAUUGCACGAUUUUAUCGACUCAACAACAGUGGAUUGUGUCAGACAAUCACAAUGACGGUGCCAAGAAAAUCUGAACUUUUCCAGGAGGAUCUCUAUCCAGACACUUUGUCUGAUGAAGCAGCAAUUUCGGCUGAAGAGUGGAUAGGUGGAACCAACGCUGAUCCCUGUCUCAUUUCUCUCAAGGGCGGAUACGUUUCGCAAUCGCAAGGUCAACAGCUCAGUGUUACAAAGAAGUCAAAUGUGCUUGACAAGCCGAAACCAAAUAUUUUGAAUUCUAAGAAGACGGCUGCUAACCAUGAUCAGAGUAACAAUAACAACAUUAGUGGUGGUGCUGAAACUACCGACAGUGGAUCGAAGAAAUACGAGUCUGCGUCACAGCCUGUUCAGGUGGCAUCAGCUGUUCCAGAAGUAACUGCUGCUGAUUUGAAAGCAAUUCAAGAUGAAAUUCGCAAACUUAAAGCAGUCAUUGUAAAGCAUGAAAAUCGUAUUCGAGCCCUGGAGGCUCAAGCAAAAGCAAGAGAUGAGGAGAAUAAUAUAAAAGCGGAGAAAGAUAGUGUGGAAGACUCUAAAAGAUUAAAUCCUGACGAAGUGUAA